AUGAAAAUGCUCCAAGAUUUAGAGGACGCAAAGGCCAAAAAGAAGAGUCUCAAACCUCAGGUGGAGAGACGCAGAAGAGAGAGAAUUAACCGCAGCCUGGACAACCUAAAAACUCUUCUGCUGCAGCCACAGGAGGCGACUCGGCGCAGAGUGGAGAAAGCUGAGAUUCUGGAGCACACAGUCCUCUUCCUCCAGAACACUGCGCUCGGAGACAAGACGAGAGCUGGAGGUGGAGGCCAGAAGCACUCCUAUCAAGAUGGUUUCUCCACCUGCCUGCAGAGAGCUGCUCGGUUCCUGGGGCCCCAAGGGAAAGGCCUGUGGCUCGGAGAAAGGCUGGAUGCAUCGUUUGCCUCUCGCUUCUCCCCUGCAGACUCUGUAUCUGCAGGCAGAGGAGCUGAAGCUCCGUCCUCCUCCAGCUCUUUGAUUCUCAGUAAGUCCUCCAGGUUUAUUCUUCGGAUGCUGAUACACAGAUCCGGGCACAGAUUGUGCGCAACUGCAGUCAAUAUGGCAAAGUGUCGCCACACAAACGGAGAAUCAAGUCACGCCCAAACAACUCCCCAGCAGCCCCACAAAGUGCUGAAUCGAGCGAGGAAACAGAGCCCGCCCCAGAGCCACCCGGUCAGCCGGUCUCUGUGGAGACCCUGGCCCUGA